AUGGCCUACAUCUUAGGAAUUCCCCUCCCGGGUAGAGACUACUUGUCAUCGAUCCCGGAAGAAGCUCGAGUUGGCAUUCUCUCAAAUCUGACCCACCAAGAUCUUGCUGCAGCACGACUUUCUUGCAGAAUACUCGGCGCAUCCGGACGUGGGCUUCUCGGAAGAAACCUGAUCUUUGCCCACCGGUUGGAUACCAUUGCUCGCUUCAGGGAAAUCAUCGCCAGUCCCUGGAGAAACAACGUCACCACCUUGACUUACGAUAGCAGCCGUUAUUGGGAGAACCAUGUCCGAGACGAAGACGCAUAUGCCAAUAACUACAUGGAUGUCGAACGUUAUUCCAUUGAUCCCUGGCGUAUCUCUGUGCAACAAGAUAGCGCUGAUCUCGCAAAUCUGAAUUGUGCACUCCCGGCAGUACCUGAUGUAACGAACGAACUUUUAAACGCCGAGGGUCGCCGUCUAGUAUCGAAUGCCAACCGAGCCACCUGGAGCAAUGACACCCACGCCAAGUACAUCCAGCGCUUCAAGGUGCAAUCAACACUAGAAACCAACAACACAGCUCUCCAACUCAUCACUGAGGCAUUCAGGAGGUGUCCGCGGUUGAAGCACGUCGUCAUGACCGACUAUCGUGGGCUGGCGAGACAGGGUGAAUCCUACGCCGAAGYUUGCCUCCGGAUGUUUGGAACAACAUUGCCACCAGAAACAUAUGUUUGCACUGAUAUAGACGACAUUGUGGUGGUCAUGUUUGCGCUCACGGCUGUCCCGAGYGCAGGUAUUCAAUCCUUUUCCAUUGGGCCGCAUCCAUUCGCAUCUGUGCAAGGAAUGAUGAGUGGAUAUUAUAUGCACCGACUCACGACAGAAGUGCAGAGUACUCUUACUCGCUACCCAGCAGACUCCUUUAUCAAUGUGUUUGACAGACACUUCAAACCACUGCGCCGUCUCCGCCUGCCGUACUACGACCCGAAUGACUGGGGAUAUGUUGGUCGGACGCCUGAAAACAUUUGGUACAUGCUGAACGCUGCUCGAGGAUCGGUCCGUCAUCUUUCAAUCACAAGGGCGUGCGUAGCAGGGAUCCAUCCCGGGGCUGACGGGGUCCGAUAUCCUGCAAACAGCGAUUUCCUGAGUCUCACCUUUCCCGAUCUCACAUCUGUUGAAUUCCACCAUCUCCAUUUGACAGACGACGCAGACCUGAGAGCAUUCCUCUUGAGGCAUAGACAAAAGCUCCGUCAAGUCACCCUGAUUGCAUGCCACUGGGCCGUUGGUACCGCAGGCAUUGAUCAAUCCAUAGCCUUGGCUGAAUGGGGUCGAAAGAACCUCACCCUGACGGGCAUUGAGUAUGUGCAUGCCAUGGAUUUGGAUCGGCUUGCGCACGUUGACUGGGAGGAGGGUGAUGAAGAUCGUUGGCAACUUAGAGAUCAUCCACCCGCUGAAAUUGCCAUUAGGCAUGUGGAGAGACUUGAGAAGUGCUGGCUCAGUUCUACAGGCAAUUCUUUACCACGCACCGUCGAUGUGGCGGACCGUGUGGAGCGGGCAAAGGACGUGACUACCCCGAAUUGGUGGAUGCGGCCGGGGAGACUCCAACUGUUGUGA